UUUUCCCCUUAAUCUCUAUUGUUUAUUCGGUUUGAAAUUUCUUCAGGGUUUUCUUUUUUCUCCAUGGUUCACACUGGUUGUGUUCACACCAUAUCCAGAUAAAUCUUUUUCUGGGUUUUCCUUAAUAUGGAAGGAAGCCAUCAUCGGCGUCAUCAUCUUCAACAGAAGCCUGUGAGUGCUAACGUUGAAGCUUCUGAUAGGUUUCCUCAAUGGAGUGUUCAAGAGACAAGGGAUUUUUUAGCAUUCAGAGCAGAGCUGGAUCAGAGUUUCAUGGAGACGAAGAGGAACAAGCUGCUCUGGGAAGUUAUCUCUACACGGAUGAGGGAAAACGGCUAUAAUCGGAGCGCUGAACAGUGCAAGUGCAAGUGGAAAAACCUCGUUACUCGAUUCAAGGCGUGUGGGACGAUAGAAUCAGAAGCUGCGAGGCAACAGUUCCUGUUUUACGACGAGUUGCGGGCUAUAUUCAUGUCGAGGAUGCAAAGUAUUCAGUGUUCGGAAAGUGAAGGAGGCGGAGGAACCGCCGCGUCGAGAAAAAGGUCGGCGUCGGCCUCGACGGUGGAGACGGGGCAGUUGUGUUCUGAUGAGGAAGAAGAUAUGGUGGAGAACGAGUUGGAUAAAAAGUAUAGUAUUAGGAAGAAGAAGAAGCAAGCGAAGACGGGUAGUACAAGCGGCGGAAACAAUAAUAAUAACAUAAAGGAGAUGUUGGAGGAUUUCAUGAGGCAACAGUUGCAGAUGGAAAUGCAAUGGAGCGAAGCUUUGGAGUCGAGGGAGAACGAGCGUCGGUCGAAGCAGAUGGAGUGGAGGCAGGCGAUGGAAGCGUUGGAGAACGAGAGGAUAAUGAUGGAGAGGCGGUGGAGGGAAAGGGAAGAGCAACGGCGGAUGAGGGAGGAAGCUAGGGCGGAGAAGAGAGAUGCUCUCAUCAAUGCACUCUUAAACAAGCUUUGAAGAGAAGGCCAAAUGUAGUGAACAAAAAGUUGAAGAAUCUCAGCUCAGCUAUGACCAGGUUCACUUUGUUUAAUUUCUCUCUUUUUUUUGCCCAUUGGGGGCUUCUUUUGCUAGAUAGUUUUCGUUAGUACUUUUUUCUUCUUCUUCAUUGCCAUUAAGAGGAAACCAUGAAAGCACCAUGAACAAAAAGGCUCUAAGGUUAUAUCUUGGUGGUAGUUGAAGAGAUUAAAACAAUCAAUCUACAGCAAUCGAUCCACAAACGAUAGUGUUGCAGGUAAUGCUUAUCGUCAAAGUGAAUAUUCUAU